AUGAUUGCAAUUAUUUUAUUUUACUUAUUUUCCAUAAUUAAUGGUCUUUCAAUAGACAUAAAAUCCAAGGAUUCGGUUUGCAAAGCUGCUGGUUCGAUAGUGGAAGGUGAAUUGAAUUACUAUGAAGGGAUCAAAAAUGGCGGGACCGUUGGUAAAUUUCAAGCACCAUACUAUUGGUGGCAUGCUGGUGAAGCUUUCACCGGGUUGAUUGAUUAUUAUACUUAUUGCGAUUCUUCAAAUACCACAUUACAGAAAAUAAUUCAAAAUGCAAUCAUUCAUCAAGCUGGUUCAAAUUAUGAUUUUAUGCCUUCAAAUGAAUCUUCAGUAGAAGCAAAUGAUGAUCAAGGUAUGUGGGGGUUAACAUUAAUGCAAGCAAUUGAAAGAAAUUUCCCAGAAGCUGAUUCAAAUCAUAAAUAUUUGGAUUUAUUGAAAACAGUUUUUGACAAAAUUAAUAAUCGUUGGGAUAGUGGUUCUUGUAAAGGUGGUAUUAGAUGGCAAAUUUCAAAAGAUAGAUCCGGUUAUGAUUAUAAAAAUACAAUUGCUAAUGGGAUUUUAUUUAAUUUAGCCUCAAGAUUAGCAAAAUACACCAAAGAAGAUUCUUAUUCGAAAACCGCUUCUAAAAUUUGGGAUUGGAUGAAGGAUGUUGGUUUUAUAAAUGUUAAUGAUAAUUCAAUCUCAAUUUAUGAUGGUGGUCAUGUUGAUGAAAAUUGUUCCGAUUUUGAUAAAACUAACUGGUCUUAUAUCUACGGAGUCAUUUUAUCUGGUAAUGCUUAUAUGUACAAUCAUACCGAUAAUGAUUCUUGGUUAACUAAUACUCAACAUAUUAUUAAUGGUUCUAAAAAUUUUUUCAAAAAUAACAUCAUGUAUGAACCUUCUUGCAUGGAUAAUGAUUCUUGCAAUAACGACCAAAGAGCUUUUAGAUCCCUUUUCGCUCGUAAUUUAAAACUAACUGGUUUAGUGGCGAGUGACGUUGAUGAUGAUUUAACAAAAUGGCUAGAAUCUUCUGCAAAAGCUGCUGCUCAAUCUUGUUCGGGUGGCACCGAUGGUAUCACUUGUGGCCAAGAUUGGAAUCAUGAUGGUUGGGAUUCCAAAUAUGGUCUAGGUGAACAAAUGAGUGCAUUGAAUGCAGUAAUGACAAUGGUUGUAAAUUAUCCAAGUAAUAAAUAA